AUGUCGAGUACGAGCACUUGGUCUUCAACAGCUCCACGAGACAUUGAUAGAUUCGAAAUUACUGAUAGUAGUGAUGAUGAUGACAAGCCAAUUAAGGAAAUUAAGUUAGAUCAGGUUCCUGUUGAGUCAACUGACUCAUCAGAUGAUGAUUCUGAGUCAUCUUCAAGUUCUUCGAGUUCAUCAAACUCAUCAUCAAGUUUUUCAUCAUCUUCAUCAGAUUCUCCAAAGAAGAAACAUAAGAAAAAACAAAAAGAUUUAAAUAUUACUCUUCAAACAAUAGCUCCUGAAAAGAUUGGCGAACCACUUCAAACAGAACUUGAUUAUUUAGUUACAACUCAUGUUAAAUCAAAUAAAAGGCAAGUUGAAAAUACAAGAGAUUCGAAUUUAAGAAUAAGUCAAGCAAAAUAUACAUAUUUUGAUCCUCCAGAACCAGAUAGAAGUUUUGUGGAUACUGCAUCACAAUCAUCUACAAUGGUUUCUACAGUUAGCAAAGAAAUAAGUUUUGCUAAUCCAAGCUUUUCAACGAAAGAGAUGAGUUUAACAAAUCCAAACAUUUCAACGAAAGAAAUCUUGAGAUUCAAAUACAAAAACUAUGAUUACGUUCCACCUAUUGACGGAAAAACUUAUGACCACCUAAACUAUACUCAAAAUGGAGUUCCACCACAAUUUAAAGCUUCGCGCACUUUAACGAAGGAAACAAAAGAAGCAAAGCAGAAAAAAUAUCCAUUAUGGAAAGAUGAAAACGUUAAAAAGCUUGAAGUUAAGCAUUAUGAUCGACUUAAUUAUACAAAAGAUGGGUUACCUGAGAAAUUCAAAGCUUCAAGAAAAAUUAUUGCUAAACGCGAGAAAAGGCUAAAAGAACCUUUAAGCUACAAAUUUUCCGAAAUUAAAGAUAAUCCACCUCAAUUCUUAUCAAGACUGAAACAAUUGCCAAAGCCCAAAUCCCCACCAAAGCCACCACAGGAAAAGCAGGCAAAUACUCAGUAUAAAACCUCAUUUAAGCAUCAUAGGAGUAAAUCUCUUGAAACUGAACUUCCUAAGAAAUAUGAAUGGAAGAAAAUACCAAAUAAUACUCCGCGUGGAAUGAAACUUCGCGCUCCAGAGAUUUAUACUAAAAAUGGCAAAGAAAAAAUGAUGAAAGAACGUGAAAAGAGGAGAAUUGAACAAUUAGCUCAAGAAACAAUUUACGAAGAACCACCAAGAGAACCAACACUUGCUGAAACAGAAACAGCACUUCAGAAACUUCUUGACGAAGGAAAUGUCAGAGAAUGGGAAGAAACUCAUCCAAAGAUUACUCCUGUUCCUUUGACAAGUUCUUCAUCUCUUUCUGAAGAUUCAGAUUUUUCAUUCAGCGAUUCAAUGAUGGUCGAAAAUGAAGAUGAAGCCAUGGAAAAGAUUCCUGGUCGCAAGCCAUACGUUGAUCCUCAUGAAACAGAAGCAGCAAGGCUUCGAAAUCAAGCUAUCAGACAGAAACUUGCAUUACGUGCAGCUCAGGAAAGAUAUAACGAAGAAGAAGAUUUCGAACGAAAUGUUAAAAACAGAGUUACUGCUGCACGUGUUGCAGCUACAAUUCGAAAGCUUGAAGCAGAUGUACAGAUAGUCAAGAAGGAUCCUAAGGAAGCUUUACAGGCCAGCAUGGAAGAUGAGAUGAAGAGGAGACGUGAGAUAGAAGAGAAAGUUAGAAAUGCUAAGAACACAGAAUUUAUUGCAAAGAGAACAGACAGAAGAGCUAAAAUUGUCGGAGAGAGAAAUAGACGAAUGAAAGAGAAGAGGGCAGCAGAAUCACAAAUCCCAGAUGUCACACAGAGAAGAAAAAAGAAGAAUGAAGAGCUAUUGCGAUUAUGGGAUCCUAAUCCAGCAAAUCAUUUCAAAGAUGAUGAAGAUUAA